UCCAUAUAUAUACACUUACGCGUCUGGGAAUAUCAAACCCAAUACAUAGAACAGCAAUAAGAAGAAUUCAGAACCCCAAAGUCAUCAUGUCUCCAAAAUCAAAAGCCAAAGCCAUGUUCUUCAUCUUGAAAAUAACAAUGUUAAACUUUUUGCCACCAAUAUAUGCAUGUGGUUCUUGCACUCCGCCACGUCACCCCAAGCACCCACCGCAUCACGGCGGAGGCACGCCAAAAGUAUCCCCUCCUCUCCCACCGAUCAUAAUCAACCCUCCGGUGGUGCCCCCGCCGGUCGUGAUUUACCCUCCACCAAUCUCACCGCCGUACUCGCCGCCGCAUCGGACAUGCCCAAUUGAUGCUCUAAAAUUGGGACUUUGCUUGGACGUGCUCGGAGGAUUGGUGCACGUGGGAAUAGGGAACCCAGUGGAGAACGUGUGCUGUCCCGUAAUACAAGGGUUGCUUGACCUUGAAGCUGCAAUUUGUCUUUGCACCGUUAUUCGGGCUAAGCUUCUGAACCUUAAUAUCUUCCUACCUCUUGCACUUCAAGUUUUGAUCACUUGUGGGAAGACUCCUCCUCCUGGUUUUGUUUGUCCACCUCUGUACUGAACCACUGCAUGUAUGCAUGCACUACUUCAUAGCAUUCCAUGCUUAAUAUCAUCAUGGCUAGUUCCUGUUUGUUACUGCUUAGUACUACUAGAUUUAUAUCUAUGUCUCUUUCCCAUCUAUUAGGGUUUCAGGGUUUAUGUUAUAACUCGUAUUUCUAUGUGGACGGGUUUAGCGCUUUAAUUACAGUGCGCGUAAUAAAUUUUCCUGUUAUGAGUUAAGGGAUUGGAAUUUAACUUCUUUUCUACAAAAUCCUUUUAAUGUCUUAUUCACUUA